CGCGACCAAACAAAGAAAGUAAGGAUACACAUGUGAACUUCACGAUUAGCAGCAUGUCAUCUUAUUCUAUGCAGCGCCCUAAUCAGGAAUUGUCGGCGGAAGAAAAAGAAGCCAAGCGUGAGCUAAAAAAACGGCUCAAGCGCUCCGUGCGUCGCCGGAAGCUUGAGGUCCGUCUACAACAAGCCAAAACGAGGAAAAACAAAUCUUUGGAAGAGGAGACCAGAAAAGCACUGGAUAGAAUGGACCAGGAAAGUAGAAGCAAUGGACAUGAUUUUGGGGUAGGAAAGGUUUCCGACGAUCCAGAUCGUCAAGGGUGCGGAUCUGUCUUCUUCCCAGCGAUUGAACAGAUUUACCACAAACUACUUCAGUUGGUGGACUCGGAGGAAAACCCCAGCGAAAAAAAGUCAUUGCAAGAGCUUAAAAGAAUUCGGAACGACGAGUCUAAAACUCUGCUGCAAAACAUGACUAAAGGAACUCAAGAACGAGUCAUGUUUCAGAACUAUGCUGCCUUACGAGGAUAUACGAGACUGAAAUUCAACGAAAGAGCUGUGUUGGUUGCAGAUUCGCUGGCGAGAGUUGAAAGUCUAGCGAAGUUUUCGCAGUCCGACGUUGAGACCUCAAGGGAACAGACUGUGGCUGGAAGACUUUGGGAGAAGCUGCACCAGAUUCGGUCCCUUUGUAGCAUAGGAUGCGGCCCAGGGUGUGACGCCGUCGGAGUAGCUGUGUUUCUAUCCAAACUCAAGCCUCGAAGGAACUUGGAGCGAGCUGUUUUGUUCGACUGGGCGAUGCCAGAUUGGAGUCGUAUUGUACACCCUCUCGAGUCGUUGUUGCUUCCGUUGUACAUAGAUAGCUUAGAAACUGAUUCUUGCAACGUCCUGGUCGAUUGGUCUAAUGAAGAGAACGAAGCUGCUAGGAGACUUGCCAGCGAUAGUCGAGCUAGGUCUGAUCAGGAGAUAUCAGUCGACUUGUUUGUCACUUCGUACCUUCUGUCCGAAACCAGGGAGAGGUGGCAUUCCUUCUAUGAUAGUCUUACCGAUAGGGCACCAGCUGGUACCCUUUUCCUGUUCGCGGAGCCAACAGCCUGGCAGCUACAUACCGUGAUUGAACGAUGUGAGAAAAAGAUGGACUUUGUAUGGCUUGAUUCUUCCAUGCAUCAGCCAGAACUGCAAUUGUUGGAAGGUCGCGUUGGUCCUGCUGUUCUACUUGGUAUCAAGCGAGUGGAAAGCGAUACACUUCCGCAAAAAGAUUGUGAACGCUUUGAAGCUUCUACUAGGUAG